AGAAGACGACUUCUGACGCGCGGUUGACAAGUACAUAUUGUAAAAUAGAAAUGUGAGGAAGGCAGACGCACUUUAAAAAUUGAUUAUACCUGUACUGUCAGACAUUCUACCUCCCUGUUUCACCAUGACGCUGAUGGAAUUCUUCGGCUGUACGUUCAUAGCGUUCGGUCCUCCAUUCGCACUCUUCUUGUUUACUGUUGUUCGUGACCCUCUCAGGAUCAUUGUUCUCAUUGCCAGUGGGUUUUUCUGGUUGUUAGCGCUGCUGGUAUCAUCCAUCCUGUGGUUUGCAGUUGUACCCUUGCGAGAACAGCUGGCUUUUGGACUUGUGUUUUCUGUAAUUUUUCAGGAACUCUUUAGGCUGUUAUUCUACAAACUGAUAAGAAAAGCAGAUGAAGGUUUGAAGAUGGUGAGCCAGACAGACCAAGAUAUGCACUUGGAGCCAAAAGAUUUCACCAACAGACAUAUAAUGGCUUACAUUUCUGGACUUGGUUAUGGAAUUAUCAGCGGAGCAUUCUCCAUCGUCAAUGUUUUAGCAGAUAUGGUUGGGCCAGGAACUGUGGGUAUCCAAGGCGACUCCCAUUUCUUCUUUGUAGUCACUGCAUUCCUGACAUUAAGCUUUGUAUUUCUGCACACAUUCUGGGGGAUAAUAUUUUUCCAUGCCUGGGAUAAGAGGAAGUUCCAGUAUGCGGCCAUUGUUGUCAUCUCUCACAUGCUAGUGUCCUGUUUGACCUUAUUAAACCAGAGAAGUGAGACUCAUACACCAACCUACUGGGGGAGCCUAAUUCCUGCUUACAUCAUCAUGUUUCUCACUGGUGGAUUAGCAUUCAAAAUUGCAGGAGGAUCUUUAACAAACCUGCGGGCAGCUUUAACAUGUUCCUGUAAACAGACGUCAUACGAAAUUGACUGAACACCACUUACAUUGGAGACUUUAUUGUGUUAUCUUCACAAAAUUGUUGGGUUUACUGUUUUGAAGAUGAAGACUUUUCUUGUGUAAUAUAAUUACAUUAUUGUUCACAGUGUUUGUAAAUGUCAUCGUAUGAAUAGAUCUUUGAGAUAUGUUGCAAUGUAUAAUGUUUAAAUUGAGAAGUUGCUUUUAGUGUGUUGAUUUCUUUAAUUACCUCGUGUAGUUAUACAUACAUUUUCUCUUAUAGUGACACAGAUCAGUCAAAAACUAGAUUCAUUGAGCUGCAUGAUAUCUAUAUUUGUAGCAAAUAAAUUUUAUGUUCAUAUUAUUUGUAAACCGUCUUGUAUUUUGAAUGCAAGUCAUAUUUUUGACAGAUUUGACAAGACCAUAGUAUGAUGGAUGGAUGUGCUAUUUUCAUGUACAAUAAUAUACAACCUGCUUAUUUAUGUUUCAUCAUGUUUUAGCCUGUUCUUCGUUUUUACUUACUCAUAAGUGCUGAAUUUUGAUAAAUUCUUGAUUGAGUAAUGUACUCGACUGUUGAGUAGUAGGAAUUCUCUAAGGAUAAAGUUUUAAGCAUUGUUGAAUAUAAAAUGCCUAGUGUGGUAACAUAAACUUUAUUUUGUUUACUUGAGAUAUUUUUCAAUCAAAUUUUUAUGCAUUCAUGAACAACAAAGGUGUGGUGUUUGGAAGUAAAUUAGUUCCAUAAAUGUCUGAGGUAUCUAAUCACUCAAUCGACUUUUUUCCCCUGAAAUGUCGAGACAUAAACAGCUUGAUCAACUUAACUGACAGAUAAAUUAAGAGGUGUGAGAGGCAUGACAGUUGUACGAAUUAUGAAAUGAUUACCAGGUUGUCUCUUGAAAAGUUGUAAGUAGUGGUCAUAAAUGUCUCAAGCUUAAUUUACUAGAGUAGAGCUAGUUUUGACUGCCAUUUUCCUGCAACACAUCACAGAAACGUUUUGAAAGUUUUUUUUAUUUGUCUUUUAAGAUCUAAUAUUUCUUAUGUAACUUUGACACUGUUUUCUCUUCUAACUUAAGAAGUCUAUUUCACAAAACGAGCAUAUUACUGUAUCCUCGUUCGAUGGGGUCAUUUGGUUUUGAACAGAUACGGUAUGAAUGUGUGUACAAUGACUUGAAUGCUUUUCAGUAGAUGUUUCAGAUACACAAUGUGAAGUUGGGAUAUUUUGAAUCUGCUUUCUUCAUUAUUUUCUGGUGCUCGAUAUCAGUGUGGAAAUAAGUGAAGUCCUGUUUACCAGGACGUACCAUUCAUGUAUGGGUAAAAGUAAAAAUAAUUGUUGUUACUAGGCAGUUGAAUUCAUUAUUGAUAUCGGUCGAAACUAAAGAGGUACCAGUCUAUCUGAUGAUUGGAUAUGGACAUAGCUAACUUAAGGCCUGUAAGUAAUGUGGUAUUACACUUUGUAAAAUAUAGUAUCACAUUAUACCUUGAUAAUAUUUAUAGUUGUUGUGCUAGCUAGAUUCAUCACAAUUUUGAGAAGAAAACCAAAUUUCAGUGUUUUGUAAAUAGAUUUAUUUGUUGACAUUAGACAAUCCUCGAUACUCCAGGAGUUAUGAUCACAUUCACUCCCUGCCAUGUCAUGACACAGUUGAAGGCUCCAUGUGUGACACCUUGUGGACAAGACAGAAAGACUAGUUUAAUCCUUUGAUGUACAUCAAGCGGAUCUCGAGGUCGCAUAUAGGUAUAUUGUCGUGGCUUUGAAGUUGGGUAUCGCUCCUUAAUAAUCUUCAAAAGAAGCAUAUCAGCCAGUGAUUGGUCAGUUUUUUCCUCCUGGAACCAAUGAAAUUGUUAAGUUUGUGCCUUAAAUUUUGCCAUGACAUGUUCCAGGGGUGCGGAAAACGAAAGUGAUCUUAACCCAGGGGUAUCGAGGAUGAUAUUUUUGUAACCUUAAUGAUUUGGACCAGUAAUGAUAUUGUACUUCUCCAUUGUCAUUCUCAUGUCUAUGCAUUCAUUCAUUAAUAUUGUAAAUUUUGUUUAAGUGUUUGUUGUAUUGCGAUGCACAUCAAAUCUUGUAUCUGAAGACAAUGUGACAAGUAACAGGAGAGUACACACCAUAAUAAAAUAUUGUUUUUGUGGUGUAUUUAAAUAUCAUUGACUCUGAAUUAUGUCUCCCAUUGUUAAACCAGCAAACAGUCUCCACUCUUUUUAGCUAACCUUAAUCAGAUGGUGAGCAAUACUAUGUGGCCCUUCUACGGAGCCCGGGAAGGGACAUAAGGAAAAAGUGUUAAUUGGUGACCUCAGUUAAGCAAUCGAUGGCCUGGGUUUAUUAAUCUGUGGUCUCGGUUUAUUAAUCCGUGGUCUGGGUUUAUUAAUCCGUGGCCUCGGUAUAAGUAAUCUGUGACCUCAGUUUAAGUGAUCUGUGGCUUUGGUUGAAGUAUUAGUAAACCGAGACCACAAAUUACUAAACCGAGGCCACGGAUUUAAGAAAAAAAACUGUGAUGUCCCUUCCAGGGCUCCGUACCCUUCCAUUGUUCAUCAAUGAACAAUUUGUGUUAUUGCUUUUCCUAGAGAAUUGCUAGAUGGAUCAUUUUCAAAUUUCAUAUGUACAUGUAGGUUCCUUUGAUCCAGCUUUCAAAAAUAGAUAAAGAUCAAACGAUUGUGACGCCAAUAAAGAUCAAAAGAUUGAGGGCACCAAUAAAGAUAAGAUUAUUGUGGGUACCAACAUCUGUUUUGGAUCUCUCAUUGAACUUGAUCAUGGACAAAUAUAUCUAAUGCAUACACAGUGUUUUGUAACUGACUCUCUGAUUAUCAUUUAAGCAGAGAACUUGUAUCAAGUCUUUGAAUUUGAUGCUCAAACAUCGUGUUUCAAAAAUGGAAAUUUGUAGAAAGUUAACGGUAAAGUUGUCCUGAAAGUGCAUUUUCAGAAAGAACAAUUCUCAUCUAAUUUCUUUAUCAAGACAGACCAUGUCUCCAUCUGACAAUAUAAUAGUGUGUUUUGUGUAGUCAAAGCCCCAAAACCUUCCUUGGAAAUGUUUGAUUGACAUAAAAAGUGUAAAACUAUGGAUUGGGUUUGGUCUAAGGUAAUAGAUCCAUAGGGAAAUAUUGCACAUAAAUCAGGAAUCUGAAACUAAGGGAAAUAACUUUUAUCGGAUACUGUUGAGUUUCUGAUGUUGUUUUAAUUGUUUGAAGAUACGAGGCAAAUCACGGAUGUCAACACACCAUACAUAAAGUUGCACAUUGUAUAUAAUGAAUUCUUCCAAGAAUUUGGAAUAAAAUGAUUUAAGAUACA